AUGGCACAUACAUUGAACAUGCUGGUGGGACUGAAAGAUUACAGGAUCAUGUUGCUCACGAGCAACAAAGCGGCGGCUCUCACGAUAAGGAACCCCCGACAACAGUCAGGCCAGGAGUUCGUCUGCCAGACGUACAAGUUGAUGAGAAGACUGCGGAGAAACGGAAACCACAUCGAUAUCCUUUGGGUCCCUACCAGCGAAGACAAUAAACUGCUAGGUCUGGCUAAAGAGCAGGCCAGAACCGCGACCCAGAAGGAUGCUGCCCCACAAGAAUCGGUCCCCAGGAUGAAGUCGACAACACUGAAUAUCGCUCGGUCCCAAGCAGUUGCCAGCAAUGACUUGCCAGAAAACGUAGGGAGACACGUAAAACGGGUGGACGCAGCACUUCCCGGGAAACACACUCGACAGCUGUAUGAUCGAUUAUCGUGGAAAGAAGCGAGCGUGCUGGCCCAACUCCGGACUGGCAUGGCCAGACUCAAUGGCUAUCUCUAUCGGAUCAACGUUGCAGAGACGGAUCAGUGUGCAUGUGGACAAGCAAGAGAGACCGUGGAACACUUCCUCUUUCGACGUCAGAAGUGGACCGCACAUCGGACGGAAAUGCUGCAACGUACCCAUACUCAUCGAGGCAACAUGUCCUUUUUCCUGGGCGGAAAAUCGCCUUCGGAUGACCAGAAUUGGACGCCGAACUUGGAAGCCGUGCGAGCCUCAAUACGAUUCGCAAUCGCCAAGGGCCGACUCGACGCCGCCUAA